AAACACUAACGCGUUAAAACCUAACACAGUCUUUCUUUCUCUCCAAUCCAUGGACUGUCAAAUCAACCCCAAAUCCCCACCCUCCCUACAAAUACAAUCCAGCGGCGGCGAGGAGGAGACCACUAGCAAGACUCGCAACCGACAUUCUCAACCCCAACAACUUCCGGCAACCACUCCUCCCUCUCGAUCCCAACCACUCUUCCUCUCUGGCGGUCCUUUCUCUCGCCACCACCGAAAAUGCAAAUCUCAAAAACACAAAAGCCACACGGCCAUGCUCUCAGACCUGCAUCCUUCCUCCUUCAUCAAUGGCAUCGCAACUCAACUAGUUAAAGUGUUCACGAUAUUGGGGCUUUUGGCCACCGCGUGUGUAGCGCAAGCCCCUGGACCCGCACCCACGCAACCACCACCAGCGACCCCAUCACCGCACACGUCAGCACCCUCCCCAUCACCCGCCGCAAACACCCCUACCCCUGCGGCUGCACCUGCACCUGCACCUGCACCUGCACCCGCAACACCCACACCCACACUCGCUCCUUCGACUCCUCCACCAGCUUCUUCUCCAUCCCAGGCCCCAAGCCCAACCACCCCCUCCCCUCCCGUUCCAGGCCCAUCGGGCCCAGCUCCAGACCAGCCAGCCUCCGAGCCUCCCUCCGCAGCGUUCUCCAUAAGCAAGACCUGCAUUGCUGCCACCGCUCUCGUUCGAACCUUCCUUGCCGUGGCUUUGGCUUAAUUAUAUCUCUUCCGAGAAAUUUUUUACGAUUCGUCCACGUUGAAGGAAGAAAUACAUUAUUUGAUUAUGGUCGUGGACGGACGGGAUCGAUCAUCUAUUUGAUUUCUUCUUUUGAUCUCUGUUGAGUUACUCUGUUUAUCUCGUGUUUUUCGUUUGUGUUUGUUCAUUCAUACAUCAUAAUUUUGUGAUUCUUUGUUUCCAGGUUUUAAUGUACGUUUAAUCAUAUGUAGAAUGUAAAAACGGUUAAUUCUUUUUGCUCUCAUAAUUUCCUUGUUUUCUAUCACCAAGAAUUCUAAACCA